GUAUUUCAGCACUGAGCGGAAGCAUAUUCUUUAUUGAGAGAUGAGCCUACAAAGUCAUUGCAGGUAACUUAGAAGAGAAAUGCCUAAUAGUGCUUCUAUUUCUCUUACUGGAUAAAAAUAACUUCGAAGCUGAUUUGCAGUGACCAUGAAUAAUCAGUGAAGACAUACGGCAUUUUCUGGAAUAUUGAAUGUUCUCAUAAUGAAGAUCUCUCUUCUGCAGCAGAUGUAUAAGGACGUACUGGUAGGCAUCCCACUAGCAAAGGAAAGCCAUUAUUAUACCUCUUUACUUAAUCUGUGUGUUGAGCAGUCACCAGAAAGAGAUGAAUCAUGUAAUCGGAUGCAUCUCCCAUCUACUAAUGGUGGUAUUAGGAGCCAUCAGGACACUAGGAGCCAUCAGGACAGUGGUACAUCAGAUGCGGUUGUCCCUACAACAGGUGAUAUAUCAAAUAGCUUUGCAAACGUGAACUCCUCAUUCUGUCCACGGGAAGUGAUGCUGCUUCAGUUAACCUUGAUCAAGGUGAUGGUUGCUAAAGUGGAGUCCCAGGAAAUUGAAUUCAAUAUGAGACAGAAGUACUGUGAAAUCUUUGUCCGUCUUCUGAAGGAGGCAAAAAUUGACUCGAAAUUGAUUUGUCUGCUCGGUAGUUAUGAUCAGCUGUUAUCUCACAUGGCUUCAAAAAGUUUAGCAUCUCUUGUGUAUUUCCAGCUGAAGGAAGAGAAUGCAUUAAAUGUCACCUGGCUCACCUUUAGUCUGAAGACUCUUUCAGGAUUCCCUGUGAAUACCCAGGUAGCAGAAUGUCUGUGGACUCUUACAACUAUUAUCAAGGACAUACUGAAAGAUAAAUUUUCACCCAAAGCAGGUAUUUUGAAGAAGCUGUUGGCUCCUCUUGAUGCUGUGCUUGAAGGAUUUUAUAAUUCCAUUCUGUUCCAUCAUUUUGACAGUCACCACUAUACUUCAACUUAUUCUGAAGCUGUAAACAAUUUGAUCAGUUUUAUAGAUCUGCUUGAAGCACUUUUGGCUUCCAGAAUCGAAUUAGAACUACCGCUCAGAUGCCAGAGAGUAUUGUUUUUGCAAGUUUCUUAUGUCCUGAACCUCAUUAGCUCACCAAUUCACUAUUUAAUCAAGAAGAAGUUCAUUAUGCUCCUUAAAAAAUGUGUCCUUUACAAGUCUAGAGAAGAUGCUAAGAGUGGAUCACUGUUCUUACAAAACCCAUCUUUAUAUGAGGAUAUGCUUGCACUGAGUAAUGCUGUUCUGCAGGUUGUGAAUUUGACUUGGCUUAAUCAGAUCCCACUCAGUGAAAAGGCCAGCUACUUUGGAGGCAGUGAAGCUUCUCCUGGAGAUGAUGCUCGAGGUGGUUCUGACCAAACUGUUCUCAGAGCCUUAAGUCUGGUUGUGCUUAAAGCACUGGAAUUCAAGUUUCAGAACUCUGCUACAGAAGCUGAAAUCAAAGGAGAUUUUCAGAGUUCCAUGUCCCAGCUGUUGAUAUUCUGGAGGAGUCAUCUGGAGUCCUCCCCACAGUUUCACCCAGUUGUACAUCACUGUGAAUGGCUCUCCUUGGUUUUCAUAGAGCAAGAUGAUGAUAUGUGGGAAGCUGCUAAAGCUUUAUUACUUGUUUAUUUAAAAUUUGAUAGGUUGCGGCAUGAUACUGCUGAUAACUUAAGCCAAAAAGAGGAGGAAACCUGGAACUUCCUUACGCAUGCAAGUGGAUGUAAUCCUCACUGUGUCUUUUUAUUUUUUCUGGAAAAAAUCACAUUUGAUUCCACAGUACUUCUAGAUUUUUUGAUUUCAUCAGAAACUUGCUUUCUGGAGUACUUGGUAAGGUACUUAAAGCUUCUUAGAAAAGAUUGGCAUCAGUUUGUAGAUGUCUGUAACCAUUUUGAUGCCAAACAUGGCACUUUUCAAUCAAUUUCUUCUGUCAAGCCUCCCCAUCAAGAAAAACAAAGCUGUAUGACUGAUGAGAGUUUGCAAAAUGCUGCUUGUGAACCAGAACCACAGACUCUGAUAUCUUUGGCUUCUUUUCACAAUUACUUAGUGUUUACAACAGAGCAAGGUGAUAAUGAAGUUGCCAAGUCUAACCAGUCUAACUCAUUGAUAUGCACUGAUAGUACAUCUCUGCUGGGUUCUCUUCAAGGCCUUGUUCAUUAUGACAGCUCAGAAGACUCUGAAUUAGAAUCAGAUGGAAAAGAGUGCUUGGUAAACACAAAGCAGGUGCCUUUAAAUAAUGAGGGUGAGACCAGGGUAAGAGAAACUGGUUGCAGCUACACAGAUGAUAAACAGAAUACACUCAGGUCUGAAGUGUUGCCCCUGAAACAAAAGGGAUCUAAUACCUCAUGCUGUUUGACUUGUAUGACGUCUUUGGAUAACAUCAUUCCCCCAAGAAUAAUGCUUUACAAAUCAACAAAAUGUUUGGAAGAACUGCAAAAAGCUAUUUCUAGGUUGCAGAGAAGAAAUCUUUUCCCAUACAAUCCAUCUGCAUUGUUGAAACUACUGAGCCACGUUGAGAAGAUCAGUAAGAACGUGAAUCCACAAUAAUCCAAAGAAAUGUUCUAGUGAUUUUUUUUUUAACUAGUACACUAGGGAAUGUUUCCAUGAGAUUAAUGACUUCUAAAUCUCAUGUCUCUUGCACCUGUCAGUGUAUUUAACCUGAAACAGGAUAAACAUGUUUUUGGUUGACACCUUAAAAAUCUGCAAUUGUGUUCAGUGAUAUGAUCCAUUACCUUAGGGUCCUAGGCUUAUUCAUGGUACGUAUGUCAGUGUACGGUCUAUAAUGAUUAAUUGUUAGGUAUUCAAAAUUUGAUAAUAAAUGACUAAUGUGAAGGCAUAUCAACAAUAUGAUACUUAAAGUAUUGUCAAUUAUACUUAAUGUCAUUCCAUAUAUGAAGUCAUUGCCAGAUUGGUAGUGCUUUAUGGACUACAGUGCAGUGUUAAUGCAACACUUGACUGCUUAGAGGUUGAGCUAAAUAAAAUAUUUUAG